AUGAGUUCCGACAAUGCCUCACCGCAGGCAAGCCAAUACAGCAACAACGAAAAUCCCGCGGACCAAACCCGCACUCUUCCUGGUCAUAACCCCGCGCUCGCGAGAUACAACUCACUACAGCUCCGACAGGAGGCAGUCGUAAGACCAGACCUCUUCACACUGUACUUCGGAUUCCUCGGCACAGCAAACUGGAAGCGCAAAGUUGCCAGUGCGCUGACAGACCGAGUCGAGAACCACUAUGUGUUGACCGCCCGAUCGCCAACCCAGGAUGAGCUAGACGCCAUUGUCGAGCACGGCACACGAUCGCUCUACCGCAACCGUGUUGGACUGCCCGUUGGCGCACUCAUUGGAGGAGCAUGGACAUACGCCAAGUUAAGGUCCUCACCGAACUUCCCGCGCACAAACCCGACACCGCAAGCGAUUCUCCAAGCCAUGCGUCUUUCGUCCACGAAUAUCUCUUUGAAAUCGUUCGCUGCCACAGCUGCGUGGAGAAUGCUCUUCGCCACAUGUUUCUUCAGCGCUCUCUCGAAUAUCUAUGCCGUAUACAACGAUGCUACUUCCAUGUUGACGGACCCGCGUCUCAAGGGCUUCGUCGAGGAGAUGCGCAGUCAGAAACCGGAAGAUGUGCGCAAGCGUAAGCUUCAGGCGGCCUCUGAGCGGAUUCGCUCCAUGCGCACCGGUGAACAAACUAUCGGCCUUCAAUUCAAACAGGCACUCGGCCAGCCCGGUGAAUACUCCGGUAGCUAUGAACAGGAUCCCAACGACUACUCCACCCCGCCAAACUCUUACUCGGAGUAUGAAAGCUCCAAUUCAACCGAGUCUACAUACAGCUCUUCCAACCAGCCAAGCACACCGGCUUCAACUGGCCCGGUCUGGGCUCGUGGCAGGGGAACUCAACCAGCCAGCGAACAAACAUCCGGAAGUGAUUUCUUCGACGACGACGAUGCAAGCCCCACGGCAGCUGAAUACAGAAAUACCAACAUUGAUGGCUCUUCUAGUGGUAGUGCCUGGGAUCGGAUUCGACGCCAAAAUGCCGCGGCUGGCUCUCGGUCUCCCCAGCAACAUGCCAUGCCUCAGUCAUCACUUCAUGCAUACGGUUCUUACGAAAACACACAAUCUGACCAGGACCGCUACAGAUCUGAGCAAUUGAGUGAGAAGGAUAAAGCACAGGCCGAGUUCGACAGAAUGAUAGAGGCGGAGCGGAACGCUGGCAGUGACAAGUCGCCCCGUAAUCGUGGCUGGGGAUCUUGA